UUAAGUUUGAUUUGUGUCAAAGUGAAAGUGUUUGUGAUUCAGGAGAGAUGGCGCAGAAAGCAGUCGACACAGAAGCCUUUUCCUGCUCCGUGUGUUUGGAUCUACUGAAGGAUCCCGUGACUAUUCCCUGUGGACACAGCUACUGCAGGAACUGUGUCCAACAGCACUGGGACCAAGAGGACCACAAGAGGCUCUACAGCUGUCCUGAAUGUCGCCUCACCUUCAGCCCCAGACCUGCCCUGGUCAAACACGUCAUGUUAUCAGGUGUAGUAGAACAACUGAGGAAGACUGGACUCACAGCGCCCCCUGCUGACCGCUGCUAUGCCGGACCUCAGGACGUGUCCUGUGAUGAUUGCACUGGGAGGAAGCUGAAAGCUGUCCAGUCCUGUCUGCAGUGUGUGGCCUCUUACUGUGAGCGCCACCUACAGCCUCAUUAUGAGUCUGCAGCGUUAAAGAAACACCAGCUGGUGGCGCCCUCACACACACUCCAGGAAAACAUCUGCUCUGAACACGACGAAGUGAAGAAGAUGUUCUGCCGCACUGAGCAGCAGAGCAUCUGCUACCUCUGCUCUGUGGACCAGCACAAGGGCCACGACACAGUGUCCUCUGCAGCAGAGAGGGCUCAGAGACAGGCAGAGCUGCCGGCCAGGAGGGCCCUGCUGCUCCAGAACCUCCAGCACAAAGAGACAGACCUGAAGAAGCUCCAACAGGAGGCCCAGGAGAUCAGCCGCUCUGCCCAGACAGCAGUGCAGCGCAGCGGGGACAGCUUCACAGAGAUGGUCCUUCUCCUGGAGAAAAGACGCUCUGAAGUGGAGCAGCAGAUCCGCUCCCAGGAGCAGACCCAACUGAGCCGAGUCCAAGAGCUCCAGGACCAAGUGCAGCAGGACGUGAGUGAGCUGAAGAGGAGCCUCUCGGAGCUGGACACACUGGCCCUCACCCAGGAUCAUAACCAGUUUCUACAGCUCUACACUUCACUGUCCACAGACACACAGAGCACAGAGCCAGUCAGGAUUGACACACGGCCCCGGAGAUACUUUGAGGACGUGAACAGAGCUGUGUCCAAGCUCAGGGACAAAGUGCAGCUCACUCUGGAGGAGGGUCUGACCAACGUCUCACAGGCUCUGAGUCGUGUGGAUGUUUUACUGUCACCAGCUGAACCCAGCUCCAGAGAGGACUUCUUACAAUACUCUACAGAAAUCACUCUGGACACAAACACAGUGAACAAUGUGUCUCUGUCUGAUGGAGACAGAAGAGCAACAGUUAUGAGUAAACAGCAGAGUUAUCCUGAUCAUCCAGACAGAUUCAAUGUCUGUAUUCAGGUCCUGAGCAGAGAGGGUCUGACGGGCCGCUGUUACUGGGAGGUGCAGUGGAGCGGGGACUGGGUCCGUAUAGCAGUUUCAUACAAGGAUAUUCAGAGAAAAGUCUCUGGUAAAUCUACAUUUGGAAACAAUGAUAAAUCCUGGGCCUUAAACUGUACCAAAACAAGUUAUUCAUUUAUAUUUAACUCAGUCUGGUCCCAGGUCUCAGGUCCGGUCUCGUCCAGAAUCGGGGUUUACCUGGACCACAGUGCAGGGGUUUUGUCGUUUUACAGCGUCUCUGAAAGUACCAUGAGCCUCCUCCACAGAGUCCAGACCACUUUCACUCAGCCUCUCUACACUGGGGUGUGUUUGUACGGGAGUCCUGGAGACACUGCACAUUUCCCUAAACUCAAAUAGAAGCUUUGUUCUCCACAGUUUGGAUUAAAUUUGUGCCUUUUAUUUUUAAAUAAUGAGUUGAAGGUUUAAAAUACUGUUUAUGAGGGUUUCCCAAAAAUACUGAUACCUGCUAAUCUAUUCUAGAACUAAUAUCAAAACUAGAUUCUCAUUUGAACAAAUGUCAAUACUGAAAAAAAAUAAAUAAAUAAAAAAAAUUAAAUUAAAUAAACAAUGGGGGAAACUUUUUUUUUUUUUUUUUAACCUUUGCUGAAUAUAUAUUUUUAAUUGAUCUAUCUAAUUUAUCUGAGGAAAUACUCUUCUUAUUGUUGUUGUUUUGGUUUCAAAAUCAAUCUUUAAUCUUUAGCAUCGAUUUUUAUAUAGAAAUGUAUUUUCAACUGUGGUGAAAAAAGUACUCGAUUUCUUUGGUUAAAUAAAAGUACAAAAAAUAAUUGAAUAAAAGUAGAAGUAUUACAUGUUAAAAAAAAAAAAAACAAAACCUUUAUUAUAAAGUAUUAAAGUUUAAAAGUAAAAGUAAAAUUACUUUAUGCAGAUUUUGAGCUUCUCAUACAUAUUCAAAUGUAGUGAUUUUGAUAAAUAUUUGUGCUGAAAUUUGUUCAACAGAAACAAUAGAAUCAGUUGUUUUUUGUAUCUGUUUUUAUUUGUACAUUUUUAUUUGCUCAAACUACAAACAUGUUUCAAAUAAACCCUCAGCCUUUUCAGAACGUCUCAGACAAUAAUAAAAAAUACUUUGACUUUUCAGUUCAGUUCAAAAAUGUAGUGGAGUAGAAAGUACAAAUACCUGCUCUCAAAUGUACUCAAGUAAAAAAAAAAGUAUCCAGUAUAUAUAAGUAAAUAUUUACUUGAGUACAGUACUUUACUACUUUUACUUUGUUACAUUCCAGCAGUGAUUUCCAGCUGCAUUAUGGUGAUUAUUUUGUCAAACAUUUAUAAACUUGAUGAAACAUGUGGAGAAUUAAUCUUGUGACAAAACCUGCCACACGUUCCAUAAUAUUGAGUCAGAAUGUUGUGUGUCGCACUACAACACAAUGAUGCACUAUUACUGUCACACUAUUAGUGGAAAACUACACACAUAUUCUCAACAUGUUUCAAAUCAGAGCAUUUUCACUUGAUGUUCACAUGUUCUUCCUCAUGUCAUGGAACUGUGUCACUCUUUUCUUUAUCAUCAUGUCAAACUCGGAUUGUCUUCUAUCAUUUCAAUCAACACCAAUCACACUGUGUUUGUUCUGGGUUUCCUCUGUGUACAUUUGCACUGUGUUUUUGUUCACUUUUAAAGUCUCACUGUGGAACUUUUGUGCUGGAGGUUUUGUCUGGAAUGUUCCACAGUAUGGCAUUAACCUGAUCUAUAUUGUGUUUAUUCAAUGACAGAUGUUUUAUUGCUCAAAAUCCAUCAUAGUUCUGAUGUGUAACUUGAAUCAUAAUUGUAAAAGUUGUUUGUGGUCACAUCAUGGGGAACACUGGUUCUACAAUGGGGAAGGUUUUACACUCUUUAAAUCAACAAUAAAUUCAUAAAUCAC